AUGACAAAGAGAAAGAUCGAAAUCAAGAAACGAGAGAGAAAAGAACAAAGAUCCGUCACCUGUUCGAAACGCCGCAAAACAGUUUUCUCGAAAGCCUCAGAUCUCUGCCAGUUCUCCGGAGCCAACAUUGGGAUCCUCGUGACCUCUCCCGUCGAGGAUUCAGAUGCUAUUUGCUCCUUCUCCGGUUUCUCCUCCUCUGCCUUCGAUAUCGCUGAUUGCUACUUGAGCGACAAGAUUCCCCCCAAGCUAGGGCUUUGGAGGAGGCAAGACCACAAUCUCUCCGAGAUCAGUGUCUUCAAGGACCAUCUUGAGAGGAUUAAGAAAGAUUUGAUGUCUCGUCUUGAGAAGAAUGAAAAGCCACAACCUGUCUCUGGUUUCGAUCGAAACCCUAGCGCUUCUUCUCUCGACGGGUCCUCUUCUUCUUCGUCGCAAAUUGUUUCUAAUUUCGAUCAAAAUCCUAGCGAUUCUUCACGAUAUGUGUCUGAUUACGCCAAGGCUUCUUCUUCUCUCUGA